AUGCUUUAUAUCCAAUAUCUAGUCUAUAGAUUAAUUACACUAACUAACUAACUUUCUUGUAAUUUCUUUUACUAAAAGCAAUAUAAUUUAUUUGUUCUUUAUUUCCACUAAUAUUUAAUUAAUUAAAUUAAUUUCCAUAAAUUGCUAUUAAACAUUCUUGAGUAAAAAAAAUAAAUGAUAAAAUAAAUUUAAUAUUACAAGGAAUUAGAUGAAUUUUUAAACUCUUCACUUUAAUCUCAUUAGGUUCUCCUUAUUGAUAUGAGAUAAAAAAAAAUUGGUGAUUAAGGUUCUUAACACUUAGUUAACGCUUUAGUAAAUUGCACUAAUCUCUCAAAUUUGAAACUUUAUCUUAGUGGAAAUUAAAUGACUGAUUAAGGUGCAUUAGUGUUAGGUCCUGCUUUAGCAAAUUGCACUAAUCUCUCAAAUUUGAAACUUGAUCUAAGUGAGAAUUAAACUGAUGAUUAAGAUGCAUUAGGCUUAGGUUCUGCUUUAACAAAUUGCACUAAUCUCUUAAAUUUGUCAAUUGUUCUUUAGAAAAAUAAAAUUAAUGAUUAAGGUGCAUCAAGCUUAGGUUCUGCUUUAUAAAAUUGCUCUAAUCUCUCAAAUUUGACACUUGAUCUUUAAUUAAAUAAAAUUGGUGAUUAAGGUGUAUUAAACUUAGGCUCUUCUUUAGCAAAUUGCACUAGACUCUCGAAUUUGACACUUGAUCUAAGUUAUAAUUAAAUUGGUAAUUAAGGUGCAUCAAGCAUAGGUUUUGCUUUAAAAAAUUGCUCUAAUCUCUCAAAUCUGAAACUUAAUUUUUAGUAAAAUAAAAUUGAUGAUUAAGGUGCAUCAAGCUUAGGUUUUGCUUUAUAAAAUUGCACUAAUUUCUCAAAUUUGACACUUGUUAUUAGUAACAAUUAAAUUGGUGAUUAAGGUGCAUCAAGCUUAUAUCCUGCUUUAGCGAAUUGCAUUAAUCUCUCAAAUUUGACACUUGAUCUAAGAUUAAACAAAAUUGGAGAUUUAGGAACAUCAAAUUUAGGUUCUACUUUAGUAAAUUGUACUAAUCUCUCAAAUUUGACACUCUUUCUAAGUGAAAAUUAAAUUGGUGCAAACUAUGCAUCACGCUUAGGUCCUGCUUUAGCAAAUUGCACUAAUCUCUAAAAUUUGGUACUUGUUCUUAAUUACAAUUUAAUUGGUGAUGAAAGUGCAUCAGUCUUAUGUUCUGCUUUAGCAAAUUGCAUUAAUCUCUCAAAUUUGACACUUGACCUUGGUAGAAAUUAAAUUGGCGCAAUGGUAGCAUCAGGCUUAGGUUCUGCUUUAGCAAAGUGCAUUAAUCUCUAAAAUUUGAUACUUGAACUUCGUGACAAUUAAAUUGGCGCAAUGGUAGCAUCAGGCUUAGGUUCUGCUUUAGCAAAUUGCAUUAAUCUCUCAAAUUUGACACUUGAACUUCGUGAAAAUUAAAUUGGUGCAAUUGGUGCAUCAGGCUUAGGUUCUGCUUUAGCAAAAUGCAUUAAUCUCUCAAAUUUGACACUUGACCUUGGUGACAAUUAAAUUGGUGAUGAAGGUGCAUCAGGCUUAGGUUCUUUAGCAAAUAGCAUUAAUCUCUCAAAUUUGACACUUUACCUUGGUGACAAUUAAAUUGGUGAUGAAGGUGCAUCAUGCUUAGGUUCUGCUUUAGCAAAUUGCAUUAAUCUCUCAAAUUUGACACUUAAGCUUUCUUACAAUUAAAUUGGUGCAAUCGGUGCAUUAGGCUUAGGUUCUGCUUUAGCAAAUUGCAUUAAUCUCUCAAAUUUGACACUUGACCUUGGUCACAAUUAAAUUAGUGAUGAAGGUGCAUCAGGCUUAGGUUCUGCUUUAGCAAAUUGCAUUAUUCUCUCAAAUUUGACACUUGAACUUGGUAACAAUUAAAUUGGUGAUGAAGGUGUAUCAGGAUUAGGUUCUGCUUUAGGAAAUUGCAUUAAUCUCUCAAAUUUGACACUUUACCUUAGUCAAAAUUAAAUUGGUGCAUCAGGCUUAGGUUCUGCUUUUACAAAUUGCAUUAAUCUCUCAAGUUUGACACUUUACCUUAGUUACAAUUAAAUUAGUGAUGAAGGUGCAUCAGGCUUAGGCUCUGCUUUAGCAAAUUGCAUCAAUCUCUCAAAUUUGACACUUGACUUUGGUUCUAAUUAAAUUGGUGAUGAAGGUGCAUCAGACUUAGGUUCCGCUUUAGCAAAUUGCAUUAAUCUCUCAAAUUUGACACUUAACCUUCGUCACAAUUAAAUUGGUGUAAUGGGUGCAUCAGGCUUAGGUUCUGCUUUAGUAAAUUGCAUUAAUAUCUCAAACUUGACACUUGACCUUCGUCAUAAUUAAAUUGGUGAUGAAGGUGCAUCAAGCUUAGGUUUUGCUUUAGCAAAUUGCAUUAAUCUCUCAAAAUUGACACUUUCACUUCGUGACGAUUAAAUUGGUGAUGAAGGUGCAUCAGGCUUAGGUUCUGCUUUAGCAAAUUGCAUUAAUCUCUCAAAUUUGACACUCUACCUUAGGUAAAAACAGUUUAUUUGUUUUGGAUUAUGA